AGAUUUGUGCAUUCAGUGUCAAAUUGUCAAUCACACAUUUUUUAUCCGUUUGCUGACUGAUUUUGGAAGAAGACAAAAUAGUCCUGGAGCUCAAAGAAGAGGCACCCGGCAUCACUUUGGCCUUGCCACUGAUUCAGGGUCAUGUUGGAUUGGGAUAAAUGUAAAGUCCGUUGCCUCACUAGCGGAAGCCAUGUGAGCUGCUAGGCCUAGGGUUGGCGUUGCGCUUGUUGCGAACACCUCGAGUACGUCGUUGAGUAAUCUGUUCGAGUAGGUUUGCGAGGCGAGCUGAGUCGCAUUGUCCGUGGAUAUAGCAGGUCCGGAAAUGGAGGAGAUUGUCGGAAAAUGUACUGGUGUGCCCACCAGCCGGUGGUUCCGGUUGGGUCCGUCCUGUGUCGGGCUCUACUGGCUGCUAGCACUUGCUUUGCACGGCAUCGGGCUAUCCUUCUCACGGCCCAUUCAUGUUGGCUACUUUGGAAUGGAAGAUAAUCUACUCUCCAGGGAGUAUUGGUCUGCAUUUGGUGUUGCACUGACAGAAGCAAAUAGAACUGCCCCUGAUGGCGUCUCGUAUUCAUUCUCACGUGUUUGGGCAUCGUCAAUCAACUCUACAAACUGCUCACUGAGCGCUGAGCAGCUAGUAAAUGACAAUGUGGAAGUGGUGGUAUCAACUGCUAACAGCUAUUGUACAGCGCAGGCAUUACCUCUGUUUGAAACUAAUGGCAUUGCAGUGUUAGCUGCCCUGGCAUCGUCAAGUUCAGUCUUGUCUCGAGCGAACGAUGGAGAUUUCCUUUUUCAACUAGCACCAUCAGAUCAGGUGCAGGGCCGGGCUAUUGCCGCUGUCAUGGAUUAUUACAACUGGACUUCGAUGAGUUCCAUAGCAGUCAACUCCUUUGGCAGCAGUGACAUCGUUACUGGAAUACGAAACACAACAACAGGCAGCCAACUGGCGUUUGGUGUUGAUCUUCACAUCCCAUCAAACGAAACAAAUAUCGAACUCAGUUUGGAGUCUGCCUUUUCCGAGGUAUAUGGCAUCGGCACUGGCAUUAACCUUCUGGACGUCAGCGAUGUUCCCAACAGCAACAUUGCUUUCACUGCUAUAUUUCGGGAGCCGCGUGUCACUGGUGAAGGAUGGCAAUGGAUAGCGUCGAGUCAGGCUGCAGUGGCAUUGGGGCAGACACCCAUUGGCAGCGGGGUGCGUCUGUACACGCAGGGAGCACUUGCCGUUGUUCCUAAAUAUGCUGACUUAUCGUCUGGCAUUUGGCAAAACUUCACGCAGAUACUUGCAUCAGAGCAUAUGUUUGCCAGCGGCCUGGCAACAUGUAGUAUACUUCCGGAUUCGAGGAUGAUAAAUCUGCCUUUCCGAGCACAGGUAGUCGAUAGUGUCUUGCUGAUACAGCAAGCUGUUGGCAUGCAGCUUAGUGCGAAUGCCACACAACUCCAGGCUGAUGCAAGUGUACGCAGGCGUGCCAUCCUCGAUCAGCUCUUGAGAAUCAACUCACCAGCACGUGGUAUCAUUGGUUCAGCAGGUCACCCUGUAUACUUCACCAGUGAUCGCAUGCCGGCUGUGACAAACCAGGAAGUCGUCAUCUUUGAUAGUAACGUUUGGCUGUCAAUUGGGUCCUGGACUGCCAGCUCCGGCUAUGUUCCCAAUCAGAACCAGACAUUCGUCUGGCCUGGCUUCAGCUCACAGAUCCCAACAGAAAUUGCGCCGGGAUAUCGUCCGCGGUUCAAGAUUGGCUUCCUGUAUUUGAGUAUCGAGGGUAACGACUCAUCCAACACACAGGACAAUGCCCUGGGUAGAGAAUACCUUUCGGCCUUCAAUGUCAGUGUGCGCCACAUAGAACAGAAUACAUCUGCACUAGUAUUAUUUGAUCCCUAUCCUAUGGCUGUGGAUACUGAUGAGGACUGUGCCGACGCAGCUCAGAAGCUGGCGGACAUGGGUGUACAUGUUGUGAUUGGCGGUUACCGGUCAAACUGCUCCAUUGCUGCAGCAACCGUUCUUGGUCGACAGGAUGUGAUGGUCGCUCAGGUCAGCUAUGGGUCUACUGUGGAGACACUGUCCAACACAGAUCUCUAUCCAUGGUUCCUUCGCGUUGUACCGCCUGACAGCUUCCAGGGAACAGCCAUAGCUGAGCUCGUCCAACGGUUUGGCUGGUCUAAGGUGGCACUGCUCUACACGGAGAAUAACAUCUACGCCGAAGGCUUGAGGUCUAGCUUUGAGCGUGCUGCGAACGGAACACUACUCAACAGCACACAGAUAACUGUUGUGAGGGCCAUGCCCAACAAUAUCAACACAAACGAGAAUGCGGAUCAGAUCAUUGAUGACGCACUGAACGAGAUCAUCAAACAAGACACACAGGUUGUUCUACUGGUUGUGUACAGUAGUCUAGCUGAGAGGAUUGUUCAGCGAGGAUCACGCUCAGGUGGACCCGAACCAGCUGAUGGCUGGAUCUGGGUGGGGACUGACAGUUCUACGGCUUUUGAGCCGCAAGCGGAAGAUGUCCGUGAUGCCGUAACGGGGAUGGUUGGAACCAGACCCAAAGGUGGUGAAGGUUAUGUCUUCCUGCAGCUGCUGAGCGAAUGGCUGCAGCUUAACCGCACAUACAACCCGGGGACCGUGUUCAAUAUUGCAGCCCAACCACAGCCCUACGUUCCUGAACUGUUUGAUGCCGUCAUGGCGGUAGAGCUUGCACUGUCGGACUUGGUCAACAGCAAGCGGGUGUCUCAGCUUACCCCGCUCCGUGAUGUGAGGAAUAAAGUGUUUAAUCAGUUGCUCUCCUAUAAUUCCGCUGAGCGAGGAUUUUUUGGCUCGAUCGGAUCGACAAUAUACUUCGAUUCCCAGAGAAACGGGCCUGCAGAAUAUGACAUAGUCAACUUUCAGGGAGGCCAGUGGCGGAAGGUUGGUGACUGGAUCCGUAGCAGAGCAGUGGGAUCAAGACUCAACCUGGAGCUCUUGACGGUGCUGCCUUCUGGGCAGAUUGCUACUGAACGAGAAUCACCUCCAACCUUUGAGGUCUUGUACGUGGAUCUGACCUCGGGUUCUGAUGAACAGCUUACUAAACAGCUGGGUCUGGUGAGACGUAUUGCUCUGCAGUACCUAGCAAACAAUCAGAGAACCUAUGCCGUGCGACUCAACGUAACCGUUUUAAUCCCGAAAGGAUCCACUGAGGACUGCGGCCGUAUCGUCUCUGAAAGCAUCAGAAAGCAAGCCAGCUAUUCCAACCGAUUUGGCUAUGUAGCAGUGAUGGGACUCAUUCAGUCCGCGUGUGCCAUCAGUGUAUCCAACACUCUCCAAGCUGAAGGCAUAAAGAUACCGCUGAUAUCGUUUGGAGCAACGUCCAGCGACUUAUCCAACAAGACAUCUCACCCAUACUUCUUUCGUACUUGUCCCGGGGAUAACAAUCAAGCUGACGUGGCACGUGAUCUGGUUGCCCGAUACAACUGGACGAAGAUUGGCAUCAUUGGUACAUCGGAUCCGUACGGGUCAGGUCUGGCGCGCUCUGUGUUCAAUGCCGUUCAGAGUUUGGGUAAUGUCCUGCCUGGCAAUCCCAUUCUCUUCGAGCCUGGUGCCAAGCUGUCGGUUGUGCAAGAGAAAAUCAAACAGUUGCGCAAUGGGAACACUGCAGUGAACUUUAUCAGCGCUUUCACGGACGAUACUCGCACCGUUCUCAGGGCAGCCGAAAUCAAUAACAUGUUAGGGCCAGGUUGGACAUGGCUGGGUGGUGAUGGUAUGACAGCAUUGCAAUUCAACUCCACCAAUCAAGUAUCUGUUCAGUCUCUCGUCGGAUCUUCCCUGAUAAUUGGCAAUGGCUCAGUGUUUGACUUCCUGUCAGAACGCUACACCGCACAAGCCGGUGUGCUCGGCAUCACGCCACGCAACAAUGUGGUCUUUCUCAGCGGACGGAGUGUGAGUGUGCCAUUGUUCGCCUCACAACUAUUUGACAGCGUCACGGUUUUAGCGUACAGUUUGUCACAGCUCUGGAACAGCAGUGCCAUAAUCAAUAUACAGUAUGACUCUGGAUCAGUAGAUCGCAACGCUUGGCUGACCACCACGCGCAUGGCUGUAGUCAGGCGAUUGAGAAACACCACCGACCCUCCUGUACUGUUGGGUGCGAUGGGUUUACCAGUAAUGUUCACUGCUGAGCAGGAUGGUCCAGCUGCUUACAAUGUUCUCAACUAUUUUGGAUCACAAUGGCAGGUUGUUGGUGAGCACGUCAAUAGGUCGCUGGUACGACAGCAAAACUCUACCAAUGUUCUGCUGACGAUAAGUAGAGAUAUUGUCUGGUCAGGUGGUGUGGUCACUCCUCAUGGAUCAGACCCACCCUCCGACCCUGGAUCGUCUAGCAGUCGCAACGAGAUCAUAGCGUUUGUUAUCAUUGGAGCUGUGCUAGCCUGUGGCGUUGGUUUAUUGCUUUUCCACGCGGUGCGCAAAACUAGAGGAACAGAGAGUAUGGCAACGUUCUCGCCUGUAAAUUGAUGAGCAAUUGAAUGAGAUCAUGAGAACAACGGUGUGAAUCCACUGGCAGCUGUGCUCCACACAUCUACUCCUGCUGUGGCAUGUCGUCCUGUAGCUCCCUGCCAUUCCUGGUAUUUGAAUCGGAACCCCGAGCCUAGUUGAGCUAGAAUGGAGAUGUACAUUUUACCAAUUAUUUGCAUACUACCAAUUAUUUGCUUUCUGCAUCACAAUUAAUCUGUGGUACUAUCCUAAAUUUUCUUCAUUGACGACGGACACCACAUACUGCUGGCCCAGUGAUGAAUGAAAUGAGUGGUUUUGCUGUCAUGAUUUUACCUGAGAUGCGAGCCAUUUUACGAAAUAUCCUGCCACAUUUCAGCUUAGAUAAUAUCCCAGAAAAACUUGAAUAGUUGAGAUGCUUCCGCUCUGCUGCCAUUAUUACCUUGAUUGGCCACCAUCCCCAUACCCGCUGCUGAUUUCUCUGGCAUUGCAUUGAUCACUGGUCUGGCAUAUAGCGCGUUGAUACACAACGGGGUAAGCUGCAAUUACUCAUCCUCAAAAAGACACUCAACACUACGAAACACUGAUCAAGGUGCGUAGUGUGUAGCAACGUAUAGCAAUGUGUAAUCUGCCAGCAAUUGCGGCACUGUUUUCUUUUGCAGAAAGAAUUUUAUAGCCAAAUUAUGGACAUCACAUAGAAAUUCUUCUUGAUCAACUGUUCUGCACAAUGGGCAAUUUUCAUUUUUCUAGAGCUAAGAGUGAAACAUUAGAUCUUAUUGGAAGACUCUUUAGUGGGACCUUCCAUUUUUGUUACUAAGGAUGUACAGCUUUCUGUA